CGCGAGCUCGGCCAGGGACGUGAUAGCGAGGAUGUCCACUGGGUGCUGUGAUAUCGACAAACGGUGAAGAUAACUUACGGCAUCUGAGCUCCUGCAGCGUCUCACGCCUUCGUCGAGUCCCUGAGCUCGUGGCAGAGCCGCUCAUACGCUUGGCUUCUCCCGAUGGGUGUCGGACACCGACGUUUGUCAAGUAGCCAGCGGAGGGAGACGCUCAUCUCGCCAGUUAGGGAUCCACAACGGCUGCACGGCUCCGCUUCCCUGCCGCACCGGUUCGUAUGUCCGUUUGCUGUUCUCACUCCCUCACUCUACUGUCCCAGUCCCAUGGUGGCGCGGGAGUUCGCCCGCGCAUCCUCUCGUGACCGCGUGGCCUGCUGUCAGGAAGCAUGACAUCCUGCGCUUGGGGGAAACGGCAUAGAGGGGGUGCGAGUAUCUGACAGGCUGGUGUGUGUACGCAUGUCCACGGUCCUGUCAUGCCCAGCUUCGACGAUAACAAGUACCCACUCACGAACCACAAGUCUUGCUGAUUACAGGCAUAAACAUCUCACUGUCGUAGGGUAGCAAUGCUUCUGUGCGACUGUAGUGCCCGCAGACAAUGCCGAUGAUCUGGAUGCGC